AGCUGACAUUGGGGGAAGCCGGCUAUUGUUGGGCUUUGUGUUGUCAAGAAAGAUUGGAUUUUUCUCGGUCUGAGAGAGAUUGGGAGAGGAGAGUUGGGGACGAUGGAGGAGGUGGAUCACCUGGCGCACGAGAGGAGCAAGGCGCAGUUCGAUGUGGACGCCAUGAAGGUCGUCUGGGCCGGAUCCAAGCACGCCCUCGACGUCGCCGAUCGGAUGGCCCGCCUCGUGGCCAGCGAUCCCGUAUUUCGUAAGGAUAACAGAACGAUGCUUGGGCGGAAGGAGUUGUUUAAAAACACCCUGAGAAAAGCUGCCCACGCAUGGAAGCGCAUCAACGAGCUCCAUCUUACUGAGGAAGAGGCAUCAAUGUUAAGAUUAUUUGUGGAUGAACCUUCUUAUGUGGAUCUGCAUUGGGGCAUGUUUGUUCCAGCUAUAAAAGGACAAGGAACUGACGAGCAGCAGAAGAAGUGGUUACCGCUGGCCUAUAAAAUGCAAAUAAUUGGCUGCUAUGCACAGACUGAACUUGGUCAUGGUUCCAAUGUCCAAGGCCUUGAAACAACUGCAACAUUUGAUCCCAAAUCUGAUGAAUUUAUCAUUCACAGUCCUUCUCUAACUUCAAGUAAGUGGUGGCCUGGUGGUUUGGGAAAAGUUUCUACACAUGCAGCUGUUUAUGCUCGUUUGAUCACAGAUGGAAAGGACCAUGGCAUACAUGGUUUCAUAGUCCAGUUACGAAGUUUGGAUGAUCACUCACCCCUUCCUGGGAUCACCAUCGGUGAUAUUGGAACAAAAUUUGGAAAUGGUGCAUACAACACAAUGGAUAAUGGUGUUCUACAAUUUGAUCAUGUGCGCAUACCAAGAAAUCAAAUGUUGAUGAGGGUUUCACAGGUUACAAGGGAGGGAAAGUAUUUGCGCUCUGAUGUUCCAUGGCAACUACUUUAUGGGACGAUGGUCUAUGUGCGUCAAACCAUUGUGUCAGAUGCUUCUAAAGCGCUGUCUCGAGCUGCUUGUAUUGCUGUCAGGUAUAGUGCUGUCCGCAGACAAUUUGGCUCACAGGAUGGUGGUCCAGAGACUCAGGUCAUUGAUUACAAAACUCAGCAAAGCAGGCUCUUCCCAUUGCUGGCUUCAGCUUAUGCUUUUAGAUUUGUGGGUGAGUGGUUGAAAUGGCUAUAUGCAGAUGUCACUCAGAGACUACAAGCUAAUGAUUUUUCAACAUUGCCCGAGGCGCAUGCAUGCACUGCUGGUUUGAAAUCCUUAACGACCUCUGCUACAGCUGAUGGCAUCGAAGAAUGCCGAAAACUAUGUGGUGGUCAUGGUUAUUUGUGUAGCAGUGGGCUUCCUGAGUUGUUUGCAGUAUAUGUUCCUGCCUGCACGUAUGAAGGAGAUAAUGUUGUUUUACUUUUGCAGGUUGCAAGGUUUCUUAUGAAGACUGUUUCUCAGCUUGGGUCAGGAACACAGCCUGUCGGAACCACAGCAUAUAUGGGGAGAGCACAGCACUUAAUGCAGUGCAAGUGUGAUGUUCGUGGAGCUGAGGACUGGCUGAAGCCUUCUGUCAUACUGGAAGCAUUUGAAGCUAGAGCUGUUAGGCUUGCUGUAAAUUGUGCCCAAAAUAUAAGCAAGGCAGCAAGCCCAGAAGAAGGUUUUUCUGAACUCUCUGCUGAUUUAUUGGAAGCUGCGGUUGCACACUGCCAAUUGAUUAUUGUAUCAAAGUUCAUUGAGAAGGUCCAACAAGACAUACCAGGACAUGGAGUCAAAGGACAACUACAGAUUCUCUGCAACAUCUAUGCACUCUCUGUGCUUCACAAGCAUCUCGGUGAUUUCCUUGCAACUGGGUGCAUCACAUCCAAGCAAGCUUCCCUGGCCAAUGAUCAGCUCCGGUCUCUUUAUUCCCAGAUCCGGCCUAAUGCUGUUGCACUUGUUGAUGCAUUCAACUACACCAAUCACUACUUGGGGUCUGUUCUUGGUCGCUAUGAUGGGAAUGUGUAUCCGAACCUCUAUGAAGAGGCUUGGAAGGACCCGCUCAAUGACUCAGUUGUGCCUGAUGGAUACCGUGAAUACAUUCAGCCUGUGCUUAAGCAAAAGUUUAGGGCAUCAAGGCUGUGAAGGUGCAUUCUCAAUCAACUGAAGUUUGUCAUGUCUAUCUAAGAGUCAGCAAUAGUGACUAAUUAUAAAUACUCCUGAUGGCCAACUUGGGAAAUCAAUAAAGUUCAGGAAUGAGUCCUUGGAUGAAAAUGUAGCUGAUAUUGGUAUUGAUAUGAUAUCUGUUUGGAGCCAUGAUGGCACACAUUGGUUGAACCAUUUUCGUUACAAAUUACAGGAGGUUUGUGGUUGGUUAGGUAAGUCGAAAUUUUCAUUGGAUUAGCAAGUUUUUUAUGAGAUCAGUUCCUCGUGGAUCAUAUUAGAUGCUUCUGGUUCAUCUUCAA